AUUUAAGCCUCACAACCCUUCUUCACAAACCAGGAAAUCCUUACAAACCUGCCUAAGCUAGUGAGCAAGAUUUCCUAUACUUUUCAUUCAAACCCCAAAAACUCAGUUUUUUUCUUGCCAUUAUUUCUCUCUUUCAAUUGGGUCAUUCGUCGACAUGGGAACCAAUGUUAACAAAAGCAGUGAUGAGGGGGGUCUUUGCAUUAGCCAUGACUCGCUGAGUUGGGGUGUGGCUGCUGAGUCACUCAAAGGGUCUCAUUUAGACGAGGUGAAGCGCAUGGUGGCCGAGUUCAGGAAGCCAUUGGUGAAGCUCGGAGGUGAGACCUUGACGAUAUCACAGGUGGCUGCGAUAGCCAUGAGGGAGUCACGAGUCGAGGUGGAGCUUUCCGAGUCAAAAAGGGCUGGCGUGAAGGCUAGCAGUGACUGGGUUAUGGAGAGCAUGGAGUCGGGUAAAGAUAUCUAUGGUGUCACUACUGGGUUUGGUGCAACUUCGCAUAGGCGAACCAAGCAUGGUGGAGCUCUUCAGACCGAGUUGAUUAGAUUUUUGAACGCUGGAAUAUUUGGCAAUGGAACAGAGACAUGCCACACAUUGUCUCACUCAGCAACAAGAGCUGCAAUGCUAGUGAGGAUCAACACCCUUCUCCAAGGAUACUCUGGCAUUAGAUUUGAAGUCUUGGAGGCCAUGACCAAGUUCCUCAACCAAAACAUCACUCCUGUCUUGCCACUUCGCGGUACAAUCACUGCUUCUGGUGAUCUUGUCCCUCUAUCCUACAUUGCUGGACUGCUAACUGGCCACCCCAAUUCUAAAGCCAUUGGACCCUCUAGUGAAUACCUUGAUGCUGCUCAAGCCUUCCAACUAGCUGGUAUCAAUUCCGGGUUCUUUGAGCUACAGCCAAAAGAAGGCCUUGCUCUUGUGAAUGGCACAGCUGUUGGUUCUGGCUUGGCUUCUAUGGUUCUUUUCGAGGCCAACCUUCUAACUCUUCUGUCAGAAAUCUUAUCAGCAAUUUUUGCGGAAGUAAUGCAGGGAAAGCCUGAAUUUACCGACCAUUUGACACACAAAUUGAAGCACCAUCCUGGCCAAAUUGAAGCUGCAGCUAUUAUGGAGCACAUUUUAGAUGGAAGUGCUUAUGUGAAAGAAGCUGAGAGGUUACAUGAAAUAGAUCCCCUGCAGAAGCCAAAAAAAGAUCGCUAUGCUCUCAUAACUUCUCCUCAAUGGCUUGGCCCACAGAUUGAAGUUAUCAGAUACUCAACCAAAUCGAUUGAAAGGGAGAUUAACUCGGUAAAUGAUAACCCUUUGAUUGAUGUUUCUAGGAACAAGGCCUUGCAUGGUGGUAACUUCCAAGGGACCCCAAUUGGUGUCUCAAUGGACAACACACGUUUGGCUAUUGCAGCCAUAGGAAAACUCAUGUUUGCACAAUUUUCUGAGCUUGUCAAUGAUUAUUACAACAAUGGGUUGCCAUCAAAUCUUUAUGGUAGUAGGGAUCCGAGUUUGGAUUAUAGUUUCAAGGGGGCUGAAAUUGCCAUGGCGGCCUAUUGUUCUGAGCUUCAAUAUCUGGCAAAUCCAGUUACUAGCCAUGUCCAAAGUGCUGAGCAGCACAAUCAAGAUGUGAACUCAUUGGGAUUGAUCUCUUCAAGGAAAACAGAAGAAGCUGUUGAUAUUUUGAAGCUCAUGUCUUCCACAUUUUUGAUAGCACUAUGCCAAGCUAUUGAUUUGAGGCAUUUGGAGGAAAAUUUGAAGACCGCUGUCAAGAAUACUGUAAGCCAUGUGGCUAGGAGAGUUCUAGCAACUGGUGUUAAUGGAGAGCUUCACCCAUCCAGAUUCUGUGAGAAGGAUUUGCUCAACGUGGUUGAUCGGGAAUACGUAUUUGCCUAUGUUGAUGACCCCUGCAGUGCUACCUAUCCAUUGAUGCAAAAACUGAGGCAAGUACUUGUUGAACACGCAUUGAGAAAUGGCGAUCUUGAGAAGAAUGAAAGCACAUCUAUCUUUCAAAAGAUUGCAGCUUUUGAGGAAGAAGUGAAGUCCGUCUUGCCAAAAGAGGUAGAGAGAGCAAGAGUUGCGUUUGAGAGUGGAAAUCCAGCAAUUGCAAACAGGAUUAAGGAAUGCAGAUCAUAUCCGUUGUACAGGUUUGUGAGGGAAGAGUUAGGGACUGAAUUGCUGACUGGGGAAAAGACCAGGUCUUCUGGUGAGGAUUUUGACAAGGUGUUCACAGCUAUAUCUCAGGGAAAGCUCAUUGAUCCAAUGUUGGAUUGCCUCAAGGAAUGGAAUGGUGCUCCUCUUCCAAUCAACUAAACUAUUUUGAUAUGUAUGAAUAUUGUUUCUCUAAUCCCCAUGCUGCUGUAUCUCCUGCUAAGAUAUAAUAAUUGAAAAGAGCAAAAAGCCUCUGUUAGCUAAAAAAAUAUUGUGAUUUGAAAAUUAGUCAUGUGGACUGCAUCAAAUGCUGAAAGAAUCCAUUUACACUUUGAUCAGUAUCACAGCUUACUACUUUUUGGAGUCAUUUAGGAAUGACCCUCUUAUCAAUAUAGCAGUAGUAAUAAAACAUUUUCUUUCCCA